CCAGGGCCUCGUUGGGAGGGGCUGGUGUUGCUGGCCGUUAUGCAUUGCAUGGUAAUUUUUCUUGGCAGUUCUUGCAUAAAUAUCCAUUGGGCUCUGAAGCUCUUUUGAUGACACUUUUUCCAUGUUUUCACUCUAAAAUCUUGCAGGAAUUACAACUACCAGCAAGAUAGUCAUUUAACAGGCAGAUAUGGAUUCUGUGAGGGUUGCAGUGCGGGUACGGCCUUUCAAUCAAAGGGAAAUUGACCUGAAUGCUCAGUUAUGUAUCUCCAUGAAAGGAAAGAAGACCAUGAUCACAAAUCCAAAGCAAGGUGAACGUGUGGACACCACCCAGUGUGAUGAUGUCAAGGAGUUCACCUAUGAUUUUUCUUACUGGUCAUUUGAUCCACAUCAUAGAAUCUUCCAUUCACAAGAAGAGAUCUACCUCAACCUGGGCGUGGACGUGGUGGACAAUGCGUACCUGGGCUACAACGCCUGCGUCUUCGCCUACGGGCAGACGGGCAGCGGCAAGACGUACACCAUGAUGGGCACGGCGGUGGAGCGGGGCCUGAUCCCGCGUAUCUGCUACCGGCUCUUCGACAAGAUGGAGAGCUCGUGUGACGUCCGCUAUCGCACCGAGGUCAGCUACUUGGAGAUCUACAACGAACAGGUGAAGGACCUGCUGCAGGACCAGCAGAGCCACUCGCUGCGCGUGCGCGAGCACCCGCAGACGGGGCCGUAUGUAGAGGAGCUCUCCCGACAUCUGGUCUCCUCUUACGUCGACAUAUCGGAGCUGAUGGAGCGGGGCAAUACGCACCGGACCACGGCGAGCACGGGCAUGAACGACACCAGCUCGCGGAGUCAUGCCAUCUUCACAAUCACAUUCACGCAGGCUGCCCUGGUCGAGGGCCUGCCAAGCGAGAAGACGUCCAAGAUUCACCUGGUCGACCUUGCUGGCAGUGAGCGCGCCAAGGCGACGGGCGCCACGGGCUCCCGGCUGCGCGAGGGCGCGCACAUUAACAAGUCGCUGGUGACGCUGGGCUCUGUGAUAUCGGCGCUAGCGGAGGCGGGCGUGCGGCCCGGCCGACCGCAUCCGUUCGUGCCCUACCGCGACUCGACGCUUACCUGGCUGCUCAAGGACAGCCUGGGGGGCAACGCCAAGACGGUGAUGAUUGCAGCCAUCUCGCCGGCGGACGUCAACUACGGCGAGACGCUGAGCACGCUGCGCUACGCACACCGCGCCAAGUCGAUCGUCAAUAAGCCGACCGUCAACGAGGACAAGAGCGUGCAGCUGAUCCGCGCGCUGAGGGAGGAGAUCGCUCGGCUGCGCGCGCUUAUCGAGGGCGCUGGCGAGUCGCCGCGCGCCCUGGAGCUGAUCCAGGAGAAGGAGGCGCGCGCUGACGAGAUGACCAACCAGUGGAUGGCGGCCUGGGGCGAGACGCAGAAGAUAUUGCAGGAGCAGAAGACGCUGGGCCUGCGGAAAUCGGGCGUGGGAGUCGUGCUCGACUCGGAUCGACCUCACUUGAUCGGCAUCGACGACGACCUCACCAGCACUGGCAUCACGCUCUACCAGCUCAAGUCUGAGCGCACGACCCUGGGCGCAGCGCCGGACAGCGACAUCGUGCUGGAGGGCGGCGGCAUCGCGGCCCGCCAUUGCGUCAUCACGCUCACCGAAGCGGGCGGCGAGCUGCACGUGGUGGGCGACGCCGUGUGCAGCGUCGACCAGACGGACGUGGAGCGGUGCCACCGGCUCACGCAGGGCUGCGUCAUCACGCUGGGCGAGAGCUGCAUGUUCCGGUACAACAGUCCGGCGGAGGCGGCGCGGCUGCGACGGGCCGGCGUGCGGCGCGCCUCCUCGCGGCUGUCCGUGCUCUCGCGCUCCUCCUGCGAGCUAGCCGCCGCCCGCAGCGUCGAGAGCCUGCUGGCCGCCGAGAAACGGCUCUCGUGGGGCAGCUCGCGCGAGCUGUGCCGAUUCCGGCAGCCGAGCGAACCGAGUCUUACGCGAGCACGGCUCUCUGUACCUGGCGACGGCCCGCCUCUCGCCCCCGCCGCCGCUGCUGCUGCCGCUGCCGCUGCCACAGCCGCGCCACCAGAGAACGGCCUCAGUCCCGCCGCCGUCUCCACCUUCGCCUCCGCCUCC